AAAUUAUCUGCAAUAACUAUCUGCAUAAGAAUCUGCGGAUUAGCAUGGAAAAUAAAAGCACAAUCUAUGAAAAGAUCAUUAAUUUCAGUUGGAGGUCGAGAAGGACCGUGCAGAAAUUUUUCAAGGUCACUCUGUACCAGCAUCCCAGAUUUUGCUCUACGAUUUUGCCCGCAGACUUGUGGUCUUUGUCAUUUACCCGGUGCUGCAAACAUGUGUCCGGAUAUUAUCGAUGGUUGCGAUGUUUUGGUGCCACUGGAAGCCUAUAUUUUAUCAUGGAUUUUAGCGACAACUUUAUCAUCUCCAACACAAAAUUGUAAAGACGAACGACAAGGCUGUGAAGCAAUAAGAGCAUCAAAUAGUUGUGGCGGUGUAUUUCGAACAACAAUGAUGCAACAAUGCGCAAGAACUUGUGGUUAUUUAAUUGAAUUCAACUUCUUUCUAAAUUAUUUAUCAUAUUUCUCUGAUAAAGAAAUUUGA